AUGGAUCCCGCCGCUCCCCACCAGCCGCCCUAUACUUACACGGCGAAUCAGGGCUAUGAACAGACCGAAGAGAUACCCCGCGAGCUACAGAUCCAACGAGACGAUGGCACUGCCCUUGACAACCAGGACGACGACAACGAUUUCGACGAUAUCUUUGACGACAAUGACUUUGACGACAAUGACUGGUCGGCUGAUUCGGGAGACUUGACAAAGUCUUACAACAGACAGCGCGGUACCAACGAGGGAGCCGCCCUUCGCUCGAACCAACAAAAGCCUACUGCCAAUACCUUUGCGAGCGUAGACGACCAAGUCUCAGCCCUUUCCAAGCACGCCGCCAAGAUCAGACUCGAUUCCGUUAAACAAGAUGGUGGUGAUUCAAAGGAUAAGGACAAGGCGGACCGCGCCACUAGCGACCAGGUUCUUGACCAGCGCACCCGAAUGAUUCUGCUCCAGAUGAUCAAUCGGGGUUUCGUGAGCGAAGUCCACGGUGCCAUCUCCACAGGAAAGGAAGCCAACGUUUACGGCGCCGUUCUCAUCGACGAAAGCACCGGCGAACCCACCCAGAAAGCGAUCAAGGUCUACAAGACGGCCAUUCUGAGCUUCAAGGACAGAGAGCGUUACAUCACGGGCGAGCACCGUUUCAAGAGUGGCUUCGACAAGGGUAACAACCGCAAGAUGGUUAAACUUUGGGCGGAGAAGGAAUUCCGAAACUUGAGGAGGAUCUACAACUCUGGUAUUCCAUGCCCUGAGCCCAUCAGCCUCAAGCUUCACGUCCUGGUCAUGGGCUUCCUUGGCGACCGCAAGGGCUGGGCGUACCCUCGCCUCCGUGACGCUACCCUGACGGGAGACGAUGUUGAUCAGCAGUGGCACAAGCUUCACGUCCAGCUGCUUGGCAUCAUGCGCAAGAUCUACCAGGUCUGCCGUCUUGUACACGCCGAUCUGAGCGAGUACAACAUUCUAUACCACAAGGGGAAACUCUACAUUAUUGAUGUGUCGCAGAGUGUGGAGCCGGAUCACCCCCGGUCGUUGGAGUUCCUCCGUAUGGACAUCAAGAACGUGGGUGACUUUUUCCGCCGCAAGGGUGUUGAUACGCUGGCCGACCGCGCCAUCUUCAACUUCAUCACUGCUCCCGAGGGACCCGUGGAGGAGCCCGAGAUGGGCAAGGCAAUUGAUGUGCUUUACGAGAAUCGGGCUGAUAUCACUGGCGAGGACAACGCUGCCCAGGAGGAAGUCGACAAUGAAGUGUUCAGAAACCAGUACAUUCCUCAAACAUUAGAGCAGGUCUACGACAUUGAGAAGGAUGCACAAAGGGUUGGAGAGGGGCAGGGUAAUGACCUUGUCUACAGUAACCUGCUGCCAGACCAGGUCAUUGCACCCAAGAAGGCCGAUGGUGAUGAUGACCAACAGCAAGGUUCCACAUCUGAUUCAGACGAUGGUGCAUCCCUCUCUGAUGAUGACUCGCACGAUGAGGCCGAUUUCGAAAAGGGCACUCCCCGAGGCCGUCGCUUCGAAGAUAAGGACGAGAAGAAGGCCCACAAGCAAGCCGUCAAGGAAGCCAAGCGUGAGAAGCGCAAGGAAAAGAUGCCCAAGCAUCUCAAGAAGAAGAUCGUCGCCAGCUCAUCCCGUCGCAAGAAAUAA